AUGGGUGGUAAUGAUGGCUCGAAUAGUGAAGAUGAAUUGUAUUGGGAUAUAACCGAUAAUCCACGUCCAAUAGAUUUAAUAACUUAUGUGAAUUAUCUGGAUCCUUUUAAUGCUUAUCCAUUAUCAAAUCAAAUGUGUCUAUCUUACUGUGAUAAUGAUGGUAUUUGUAUUAACGAUAAUGAGAAAAAUCCAUUAAAUUAUUCGUAUUUGGCCAGCUUUAUAACAACGAUACACAGUCUAUUUAAUUAUCAAAUAAUAAAUGAUUCACGUAUAAAUGGUCGCACUUGGUGUGUAAUUACUUUUCGAAAUAAAUAUUUAGAAAUAUAUAAUUCAAUAAUAUACAUCAUGCAUUUUGUUACACCGUUUACAAUCAAUUUGUCAUCAGCAUUUAUAAUAAUAGUUCGUUCAUCAAAAAUAAAAUCCAUAGUAAUUAUAUUAACAUCUUACAACAGUAAAUUGAUGCUUAUAAGCAUUUAAUUAUAAAUCCAAUCGUAUUCGUUUUAUAAGCAUUAUUUACAUUAAUAUUUGCUUCUUUGUUUACAUGUAUAACUGAAAUUAAAUCAUGGCAAAGUUAUUUAAUUAUAAUUGAAUAUUUUAUUUCAUUUAUUCCUCAAAUGGCAACAUUUUUAAUAUAUGUAUUACCGUCAACGACGUAUAUGAAUGAAUUAAAACAUGUUUUAUACAAUGUUUUUAAAAACUCAUUUCUUUUGAGGUAGGACAUUUGAAACUAUUACCUAUUUCCCAAUAGAAAGAACUCCACUGCUUUUUGAAUAACUUUUUACAGGAAAGAGCUAGCGACUUGUGGUUUUCAGUUUUCGAAACUAGACAUCGAGACACAUCGAUCUAUGAAAAAGUCUACCGGCCGAACAAGUUUUACCAUCGUAAGCCCUUCGAAGCAAAAUGUCUGAGCUUGCUAUUUGAAGAUGUGAGACAGCAACCUGGUCUCAAAAAUCAUCUAGUAUAUAGAAGAAAUGUUCCAUUUCUAACGACACAAGUCCCAGCUCUCUAUCCCUCAAGGUUCCGGAGCGAGGGAUGGGAAAGGAAUCAUGAAACCGUGAUCAUGCUACUCCACGAGAAUUUUGUUUCUUCAUCGAACGUUUUUUUGCCUAGGUCACAGAAAUGUAUUUACUAGAGAAGUGUGCUGCUUGCUGUGAUAAUUAUGCACAAUCUAGAAUAUACUUAGGGCUGACCAAAAGUUUGUAGAACAAUAAAUAAAGAGCCCUGUCGAAUAAGAUGACUGUCUCAAUUGCAAAACCAAAUGCAUCAUCGUGCAGAGCUUUUCAAGGUGCAUCGAAUGGUAUAUAAGAAAUCUAUUUUUCGAAGUUCGUAGGGAGCUAGAUCGAGUUUACUGAUGACAGGACAGGAUCCACAAUUGUGGUAAAAGUGCUAUCAAUCCAGAUAGGUAAUCAUCUUUUUUUCUCAAACAUUAGAUAACUGAAGAUGUGAAAUAUAUCAAAUUGUAGCCCAUCAAAGACUUUAUACAACUGUAUAUAGGAAAUAUUUUUUAUGGAGUCCAUCGACUAACAAUGUGGAUGAAUACUGAGUAGCUAUGUACCACAAUUUUGGAUCCUGUCUCCUCGUCAGUAAACUCAAUCUAAUUUCCUACGAACUUGUCGAAAAAUAGAUUUCUUAUAUACCAUUCGAUGUGCCUUGAAAAGCUUUACACGAUGAUGUAUUUGGUUUUGCAAUUGAGACAUAGUCAUCUUGUUCGACAGAGUCCUUUAUUUAUUGUUCUACGAACUUUUGGUUAGCCCUAAGUAUUAUGCUCGAUGCACGCGAAUUUAUGUUUCUCUCACAGUUACUUUUUUUGUCUAGUACAUGGGAAUAAUAUAUUUCUAUGAGAGUUAUGCAUGAUCGAGAAGAUAUUAUCGUGUUCCCACGAGAGUUUAUAUCUCCUUUUAGAAUCUUUUGUCUGGUACAGGAGAAUGAGAAUUAUGCUAUGUACUGUGAGGUACUUUUUUGUCUAGGUCAGGGGAAUAACGUAUUCACACGCAAACAUAUGUUGCUUUGUGUGAGAAUUAUGCACAAUCUAGAAGAUAUUGUGCUCUUUUCACGAGAAUUUUGUAUCUCUUCAUAGAAACGUUUUUGAUUCGUUAAAUGAAUCAAACAUCAAACCUGAACCGCGAAACAUGGCGCGGAGAACAAAUACGAGGCCAAAAUUACAGCGUACUAUCGAGAUCAUCUGAAACAAAUGAUUCAUUGAUCUUGUUUGUUGUUGAAAACUGUACAUUGGAUUUGUUCAACAAAUAAACGAUUAUAAUAACUUACUCUGUUCGAACGUUAAACAGGCUGUCAUCACAAGGGUAUUACAAGUGUGUGUAAAGACAAAGCAUUAUGAAACGUCGAAUGUACUGUAUGGAGAUUCUGAUGCAAGGGGGGAAAAAAACAACACUACACUACACUACAAGGGAUUGUCCACUACAGCCCACUACACAUCCACGACCGCCCACCACACAACCACUACAGUGCACUACACAACCGCUACAGCUAACUACAGCCCACUAUGUAACCAAAGUGUGCAAAGUGUAGUGUAGUAUAGUGAAGUGUUGUUUUUUCCCCCUUGAUUUUCUUAGAUAUAUACGUUCACGUUUUUGUUACAGCUGAUUUUUAAAUCUUUUCUGUCUUAAAAGAUGACACGCAGUGUGGCCGAGCGGUCUAAGGCGCCAGUUUAAGGCACUGGUCUCUCCGGAGUCACGAGUUCGAAUCUCGUCACUGUCACUUUGUUUUUAUUUCAAUCACUUUCCAU